AUGGAGUCAAGAGAAAUUAAUUCUGGCCUUCUUAUGCGACUCUUCACUUUAUUUCUCUACAAUGUUAACAAAAUCCCAUGCGUCCGCCGCCUACGAAAACAUCCAGGGCGUAUCCUCCUCGUGUCUUCCAAGCUCUGUAUCAAAGCAACCGCCUUCACAACACUGACUGAAGCAAAUACCAUGCAAUUCGUUGCGAAAAACACAUCAAUACCAGUUCCCAAAAUUUACUGUAGCUUCAAGCACAGAGGUCGUGUCUAUAUACUCAUGGAAAGGAUCCGAGGUCGGGAUCUAUCUCAAAGUUGGACGCAACGACCGGGAGACUCCAAGGCGCGUAUUCUCGCGCAAUUGAAGACUUUGAUCACGGAACUACGGAGCGUUGCCCCAACAGAUGGCGUUGGUGUCUCCAACGUUGAUGGGGUUCCCAUCUUUGACCAGUGUCUUCCUGAUAAAUCCUUCUGGGGUCCUUUUGCAACAAUUCAAGAGUUUCAUCGAGAGUUACGUCGUGGUCUUGAGCUUGGAGAUGAUAAAGAGGCCUUUCCGGGCUUGCGGGAACUCAUAGACUUUCAUAACGGGCCCUGGGAGGGCCCAGUCUUCACUCACGGUGACCUAAGCAGUCUCAAUAUCAUGGCUGAUGGGGAUACGGUGACAGGCAUUGUGGACUGGGAGUCGGCUGGAUGGAUGCCUCCAUACUGGGAGUAUACAUCAGCUUGGCAUGUUAAUCCACGAAAUACAUUCUGGUGCGAUGCGGUCGACGGGUUGCUCACGCCUUUACCGCAUGAGCUGGAAAUGGAAAGGAUACGUCGGCAGUACUUUGGCGAAUUCUAA